AUGCAAAAUCUGAUAUUAAGCCUGCCACAUGUUAGCAGUCCAAUGUUGAGCAAUGUGUGCUCCAUUGACAACCUUGUAGGAGAAGGAGCUUCGUCGACUACAACGGCUACGACGACUACUCGGGCGACACCGGUUUUACCACCAGUUAAGGAUUUGUUGUUUGGUGGUAAUCAACUUCCUCCAUUGAAUUCUUUUAAUUAUCAAAACCAGCAACAGCAACCACUUCAGCAGCAAGGUUUUCAGAAGUUUGAACAUGACAAUACAAAAUCUCCUCUCUUUCACCAAGGGCCUCCGCCUCCGCCAGCUGUACAACAGAAUCCCAAUAGUGGCAUGCCUUUACUACAGGCAGCUAGUGCUGCGAUGAAUCCAUUUGAUCAGCUAAUACAACUGUUGACACAUAUUGAGUCUUCUUCUUCUAAUCUGAAAUCAAUAACAGGGCAUGAAGUGGCGGAUAAGAUUAUUCGUGACAAUGGUGAUUACUCUUUACAGUUAAGGGAGAUAUUUGGUUCUUUACGCGACAUUCAUCUGUCAUUAUUAAAUUGGCCAAUGGUUCAGUACUCGCAAGAUAUCCCAGGGGGAGAGAUAAUGAGGGAAUUAGUUUCUUUCGUCGAAUAUAGGGAUUUGGAGAAAUUGGAUUUUUUGAUAGACAAGUUUAAGAGACAGUUAGAUUUGGUCAAAUAUUGGAAGGACAAAUUAGGACAUAUAUAUGUUGAGAAAUUAGAUACUGGCACCUGGUGUACCCCAGGAGAAAGAUGUCAGCAAGAAAGUGCUGUGGCAGCAGCAACUGCGAUCACUUCAGUAGCAAACUCAGCAGUUCUGGGACCAUCUACCUCAAGAUUAACAAGUCCAACUCCAAGUGUCAGUAUUGGCGCCGGGGUCAUCUCCGGAAUUAGCGGUGGUUCUACAGCGGCUAGCUCACGUUCUGUAUCCUUCUCGAUUCCAACAGAAGAGAGGGUAGGAUAUAUACCCGAGCAGAAUGGAGAAUACCGUAAUGAUUAUUUUCAAGAUUUAAUAGUUCCAAAUUGGUUUAUCGUAGUAAGAGAUCCGAAAUCGAUGAAUUGCUUGCAAUGUGGCAGUCGUGACACAAGUGAGUGGAGAUCUGGUCCCUUGGGUAGAAAAUCCAUGUGUAAUGCAUGUGGAAUUUGGUACAUGAAGUUGAAACAAAGGUUUGGCGAAGAGGACGCCGCCGUUAUCAUGGAAUAUAGAAGACUAACUAACAGACAUGAUGACCGAAGGGUCCCUAAAAAGUUCGAAGUGCCAUUACCAGAAGUUGAAAAGGUGAAGAGAGCCAUAAGAGCUAGAGUUGUGGAAUAUUUGAAUGAAGUAGAGAUUCCGGUCAAAACACGCAGGCGUGCAUUGUUACAUAAUGGCAAAUCAUCAUCUCAGGUAAAAGUGGGUUGA